GAAUGUGCAGAGGGAGCAUAUUCGCUUAGUGACACUCGGUUGCACGGAAAGCAGACGGCAAAAAAUCGAAGCGGUUGUUUUGGUGAAAAAUGUGCGAAUUCAGCGACCUGCUCGUGUUCUGUUUACGAUUUUAUUCCCACAACAGAUUUUCUUAAAAUUUGUUCAAAAUGUCGGGUGUAUUUGGGUACAGCCGAGAAGCUGUACGUGUCAAAGUGCAGAAAUGUGGAAAUAUGGUCCAACCAGAAUAUCGCAAGUUUAGUGUGGACCCCCAGAUCACAUCGUUUGAAGUAUUACAAAGUAUCAUUGCCAAAGCAUUUGAUUUGAAAGGGGAGUUUACAGUGGCCUAUAGAGCCAUUGAUGAUUAUGGUCAAGAAACAUACUUAUCUCUUCUAUCUGACUGGGACUUAGAUGCUGCGUUUCUAAGUGCUUCAGAACCGUGCUUGGGACUCCAAAUUGAACCUAAACCAUUGCAAGAUAGUGCUGAGGAAUGGGAUGAAACAGCAUCUACUGAUGUUGAUAUUAUGCCUUCUAUCAGAGGCUUGGAGGCCUUAAGACUCCCACAACUUCAAAUGCAGCAGUUCCAAGGAGGACAUCCACAUCGCCCUGCCCCACACCAAUCUCAAAGUCAUCAGCAAUCUCAAGCCAGUGCUCUUAAAAUGCAACAUCGUUUGCCUGGCCUCAUUCUCAAUCAGGUGGAAAGAACAUUUAAUAUGGUUCAAAGAGCUUUAAACCUUGGAGAGGAAUCACAACCAACAGCAGUUUCAGCCUUGCCGCCCCGCCCACCUCUAACAGAUGCCCAGUUUAGAAUAUUUUUAGAUCCUAUUGGGCAGGUUGUACAAGGUCGUGAACUAAGAAGAGUCAUAUACUAUGGUGGUAUUGAGCCAAGUUUACGAAAAGUUGUUUGGAAGCACAUUCUUAAUGUUUACCCAGAUGGAAUGUCUGGUAAAGAACGGAUGGACUAUAUGAAGAAAAAGGCCCAAGAAUAUUGUUCACUACGUGACUACUGGAAGGAUAUGAUGCAAAAAAAUCAGGUUUCUCAGGAGUUGACAUAUGUGACAAGCAUGGUUCGCAAGGAUGUUUUAAGGACAGACCGUCAUCAUCCCUUUUAUGCAGGCAAUGAUGAUAAUCAGAAUGUUGCAUCACUUUUCAACAUUUUGACUACCUAUGCCUUGAACCAUCCAUCUGUUAGUUACUGUCAAGGCAUGAGCGAUCUUGCAUCACCCUUAUUAGUGACUAUGGGUGAUGAAGCUCAUGCAUACAUAUGCUUCUGUGCACUUAUGUGUCGCUUGAGCCCUAACUUUAUGUUAGAUGGAAUGGCCAUGACUCUACGCUUUCAACAUCUUGGAGAUGGACUUCUUUUUUAUGACCCUGAAUUUUAUGCAUUUUUGAAAAGUCGACAGGCUGAUGAUCUGUUAUUCUGUUAUCGAUGGCUGUUGUUAGAAAUGAAAAGAGAAUUUGCUUUUGAUGAUGCAUUGAGGAUGAUGGAAGUUAUGUGGAGCUCACUUCCACCGAUUCCAACGUAUUCUGGAAAGGAAUUACCUCUGUAUGAUGUGCAGUUUCUGGCCCCUACAUCUGGUCUCACGCCACCACCUAUUAGUCCGUUACUGAAGUCACCCCGAGAAAACGCUUAUACUAAGGUGUGUGCUCUAAGAAGACAGGGAUCUGGUGCUUCUCUUUUGCCACGCGUCAAAGCUCAGCACGGUGUAUCUGUUCAGAGACAGAAUCAGAGUCUUGAUGAGACAGGUUCAAUCAAAGGGAAACUCCAGAAGGUCAAAGUGAAACCUUUUGCUAGUUUAGAUGAUUCAUCUCUAGCACGUGCUACUUCAUCAACUUCAUCAGAAACUGCAGCUGAUGGAGCAAUCAAAUUUGAUCCCAAUGAAGAUAGUACUUGCCUAAGAGUUUCUCGGGCUCUCAAAUCUCCUUCAGAAAAGGAUGCCUCUCCUCGUAGUAAUGUAAGAAGUCACCUGAAAGAGAAAUUUCAGUCUGGUCGUUGCAAAAAUUUGUUGUUGUCUUUAGAAAAACUAGAUAGACACCAUGAUUCUAUUAAAGAAGAGUCUCAAAAUAGAAAGGAAGAAAGCACCCGUGUAGUGAAAAACUUGAACGAAUUUUUAAAUUUUUCUAAUUUAAAGAGAAAUAAUUCAUUGAGUCCCAAGAAGAACAAGACCAACUUAGGAAAGCAAGAGAGAGUCACUAGUGUGGACGACACAGUUUUUGAUUCUGAUACCGAUUUUACUGUUUUGAAGAGUUGUAGUGACCAACAAAAAACAUUCGAUAGUGUUGAAAGUGCUUCUACUUCAACAUAUGAUAGAAGUACUAGUGACAGCUCUCCUGAUGAUUCAGACUAUUUUCCCAUGACAACAUCAAUGACACAAGAGUUACGAAAUGAGUUAGAUGGUCUUGAUAGACAGCUUUUUGGUCCAAAUCCAAGACAGAGUUUAUUGUCAGAUGACACUGAGGAUACUGAAUCUGCCUGUAGUGGGUCAACCCACUUGGAUACAGAAAGUGACACUUCAUUUAAUCACCAAGUAGAAGGGCUCAAAGUACCGCUUCUUCAGAAUCACGGAACAGAUGAUGUUUUUCUGUGGGAGAAUCCUUUAAAGGCUAGUCCCAUCACUCCUGAUGAACAGGCUGAUCUAGAGCGAGACAGUGAAUGGCUGCUACACCACAAACUGACGUCACCAAACCAUAUUCGCGAAAACCCCAAAGAACACAAUGAGACUGAUGAAAGAAAUAUGGAUCUCUACCAAACCGAGGCUUCCUCAUGUAGAACAGCUUGUAACCAAGUCAGUUAUGUUAAUGAAAAUGGUGGUACUUGUGACCCUGCUGUUAUGGUGACAUCUAAUACAAAUUGUGAGGAAGCGAUUGAUCUCAGUAGUUCAAGGCCACUGCCCACAGGUGCUCAUUUAACAAGGCUUCCCCCUCCAACAGUAUUUGGAGGGGGAAAUCCAUUUCUAAUGUUUCUUUGUCUAACUAUCUUAAGACAGCACCGAGACUUCAUAAUGCAUAGAAACUAUGAUUACAAUGAUAUAGCUAUGCAUUUUGAUAAAAUGGUGCGCAAACAUGAUGUCACUCGAGUCUUGAACCAAGCUCGACUGAUGUAUGCAGCCUAUUUGAAGCAGUACAAUAAUAACAACAUUAGUGCUGGUAAUCAAGAGAAAGACAUAGAAAGUAAUGAAAAUUUAUCCAGUUUUGGACUGAAGGUGUGAUAUUUUAUGUUCCUUUUGCAUUGAAAGAAUUUUUCAGUGUAUUUUUUAAAAUAGUGUAAAUGAGAAGUUUAUUUGGACUUACCAUAGAAAUCUUAUUAUUAUUUCCUAACAAUCUAGCUUCAUAUUAGCAACGGUCUCAUGAUGUGAAAAGUAAAAAGUCUCGACACAUGUUAUUCCUAUCAGUUCAAGUUUCUAUGUAUUCACUGAUUCAUUCCUUAUGUCACCAUAUUAAAAUAUUUAUCAAAAUUUACUUUUCAGUAUUAAGCAGUAUAAAAUGGACAGAUGGACUUUUAUAUGUAUAAGCUAGGAAAACAAUUUUGGCACUCCUGAAAAAUGAAGUGUGGCUCAGGCUUUCUCAUUAAACACUUUAAGUGUUUUAUUUCUGCUCUGCACAUGCGCUUUUUCUUUUCCUGUGUCUGUAUUUUGUUGUUUGUAGGUUGUGCACUAAUCUUAUGAAGAUUUGAAGGAAAUACAGGACAUGUUACUGUUCUUUUAAGAUUGCUGUAUUGUAUUUUGUAUUCUGUUUAUAGGCUAAGCUUUUCAUUGAUUUCUGCCUUGUAAUUUUUUUGUUGGAAUUACUUUCUGGUCUACUUUGUUUGUGAUUUACAAAUGGUAACUUGUGUUGUGAUAUUUUGUCUACUGUAUCUGAUGUACUUUUAAUUGUAAUUAUUUUUUAAGAUUGGUCUACUGAUUGCACAUCUAAUGAAAAAGACAUAUUGUAUUACUAAAUUCUGUGCCACAAAGUGCAUUUUUAUCUCUUGCAAAUCUACUGCCACAUUGUUUACUUUUCAAGCCAAUAUAUGCAUUCCAUUUCAAAGGGACAGACUUCUGGAAAAGCAACAAAAAACUGAGUACUUCUAGUCACUUUGUACUUACUGAACACCCUCCCUCCCCCAUAUCAUUUACUUUUGUUUGAAUGAGGUUGAGAUUUGAGAGGUGACUGAGUAUUUAAUAUUGUUAUUCCUUGUACCGAUCUAAAGGAUUUCAUUUUUUAAGUGAUCUUUGCACAUCUUUCACAAAUUGGAUGUGCUUAGUCAUUGUUGAGAAUACUAUAUGUCUAUACUGUAUAUAUCUGUCAAAACAUGAAAAGAGCAAUAAAUUAAAUUUAUCUUCACUAUAAACAA